UUAUAACCGGCUCCUCACAGGUCGCAUACUACAUAACGUCAACCACAAGUAACAGCGAAUCCACCAUCCGUCCCUUUACAAUUCACCACACAACUGGUAUCAUCAGUAACUUGAUGACGUUGGACCGUGAGAACGGUGUGACGUCAUACACGGUUCAAGUUGUAGCGGUGGAUAUGACGUCAAAUGUAAACAAUCCAAGAAUUACUUCGACAAACGUCGUCGUUUCAAUCCUCGACUUCAACGACAAUCCCCCAUUGUUUGCCGAACCUUUCGUCCAAGUAUUUGUAGCAGAAUCUGCAGCACAAGGUUACGUCAUAUCGCAAGCUACAGCACAAGAUAUUGACCAAUCGUCUGUUAUAACUUACUCAUUACAAGAAACAAGCAAUUCCGAUCUUUUCCGAAUUAAUCCGAGGAAUGCCGAAGUCACCCUCGGGCCAAAUGGUCUCGAUCGAGAAUUACAAUCACUAUAUACGCUUUAUGUUGUAGCCGCUGAUGAAAUCCACCAGUCAGUAAUGGAGCUCCUAAUACACGUUGUGGACGUUGACGAUAACUACCCGGUAUUUUCCAAAUCGGAAUAUGUAUUUUCAAUUACUGAAGGCUCUCCUACACCACCUAGCAGCGGUCGAUAUAUUGGCUCAAUCAAAGCGACCGAUUUCGAUGAAACUUCACAGAUCACGUAUUUCUUUGGCAACGGAAGCGACUUCGGUCGUUUUGUUCUUGAUCGGCAAACUGGUUCUAUCAGGUUAAAUCCGCUUUAUACCGGUUCGUUUGACCGGGAAAUUCAAGAUUUUUACUCGUUGAUCGUCCUCGCUUCUGACGCCGCAGGGCACACCGCAGAGGCGAGGGCAUACAUCAACAUUAUCGAUAUCAAUGAUAAUUCACCAAUAUUCCAACACCACCCCCCACGUGUGCAAAUCAAUGAAGACGUCACUAUUGACCAUUAUGUUGCUACAAUGCAAGCAGAGGACGCAGAUUUGGGUAAUUUAAUAUUUUUAAUCCAACUAUUUCUUUUGCAUAAAAAAACU